GUUUCAACGUGAGGAGGCAACAAUUCUGGUUCUGUUGUUUCUUGCUGCGGAUUAAGAUCUUGAAGAGGCCCUAGAUCUGUAUUUUCUUGCUGCAACUUAGAAUCUUGACUUGGAUUGAUUUCAUUAAUUGGGGACAAGUUAUAUGCCCCCGAUUCAUCAUCGUUCCAAUUAUUAUUAUCCAUUUUUGACCAAUCCAGAGAUCUAUCAAAGCAACCGGAUUUCGCCUGCAAAACAGAGAAAAUCUAGCAAGUCUAAUUCUACCAUCGAGCUAGAUAUACAAGGCAACUCCAUCUUCCAGAAACCAAAAAUAUAUAAACCUAGUGAAAUUUAGACCCACAAGAACAAGGAAGGUGAAAAUAGUACUUACUUGUGGAAGUCUCUGUUUAAGAGACUUCUAGCCUUUAUGAUCUUCUCCUUUCUCAGUUCUCACUUCAGUACUUGCACUCAUCUGGCGUGUAAGAAAAAUUAGGAGAAUUCCAGAAGGAGAAGAUGAUGACUGCUUAGGGCUUUAAAAGGAAAAGGAGAGGUGGUCAAUCUAACUUGUGGUCUAGCCAUUAACCAUCCCAAAAUGGUAAAGGAGGCUCAGGCCAUAGAGAAGGAAAACAUCGAGUUACAGACCAAGUUGAAUAAAAAGAAGCAAUUGGAAAGGAAAUGGCAAAGCUCAUUUGAGAGAGUGAAUAGUUGAAAACUAAGGUUAAGGGGGAUAAAACUAAGAGGAAAGAUGUAGAAAAGAAGGUCAUUCAAUCAAAAGAUGAGGUUGAGGCUAGGAGGAAGAAGGAAGAAGUCUAAGGUGGUAUACCUUAACUUGGACGCAACCAAGUUCAAGAUCUCAGAGGAAUGGAGGUCAGAGGAAGAAGAAGAAGUUGAUCUUGAGGGUGCCCAAGAUGGUGAUGCUCACAAACAGCUAGGAUGAAAUGUUGUAUAAUCUUAAUAUUGUUAUUCUACACUUAGAUUUUUGAGUCUUAAGUGCUUGAAAGUUGGAAUUUGUAAUUUCGUACAUGGAGAACGUUGUGUUCUAAACGUUAUUGUGUUUUACCUUCUACCCUUUUUUAUUCAUUAGUAGGCCUUCUUCAUGUUUUGAUGUUGAGUAUUUAUUUUGGUACUAACCUCCCGGCAUCUGGUAACUACAUUGAGUCCCGACUAAUUCGAAAUC